AGUGUGAGUGCCAUCCUUUGUGUACAACGUCUCUCGAAGCGGUAACGAUUAGAAAGUGCGAAGAUCGUCCAGCGAAGUGGGGCCCGUUGCCGCAUGAAUCAGUAGUUACGUCACGACGCCCAUAAGUAUACGAGCAGAAAAGAAAAUCGGCAAGUGAUUCUCGCGAUUAUCAUUGGACGCAAUGGAGAUACUCGACGCAAUGGAGAUACCCGACGACGAGGACAUUAGGUUUCUCGAGGCCUGCGUGUACGGCAGCUUGGACGAGGUCGAGUAUUACCUCGAGCGCGGCCUGAACCCCAACUGCAGCCCCGAGCAGAUCGAGGCCGGAAUCGAUCCGCCGCUCAACUUGAUUCUGCAGCACUUCCGUACGGAGAUGCUCGACCUGCUGCUGUGCCACGGCGCCAAUCCGAUCAUGACCAACAAGCACGGAACGACUCCACUGCACGUCAUCUGCGGGCUUCCACACUCCGCCUUCUUCACGGCUGCGGUAUUCUUCGAGACGUGCGCGAGGCGACGGAUGUGGUUGCAGCUCGACGCCCGGGACAACGGGGGCUGGACGCCCCUGCAAUUGGCCCUGACCGUGUCCAGGGACGGCGACUUGGUGGAAUUGCUGCUGGCCAAAGGGGCCAAUCCGAUGUUGGAAAGUCCGCAGGGCUGGACGUCUUUGGGAUUCGUGGUCGAGGCUUACGCGUACAAUCGAGACACGGCAACGUUUCGGAUGCUGAACAGACUCGAGGAAUUGGCCCGAACGAUGCUGGUACUAGGCGCCGACCCGAGAUUGGCCAACGACCAGGGCGAGACUACUCUGCAUCUCGUAGCCAAGGAAAACCACGAAUCUUCCAUGGACUUCUGGUAUCGCGUAUUGCUCAGAAUGAGCCGCGAAGCGAUAAUACUCAGCCGCGAGUGGAUCGACGCCCGCGACUGGUUGGGCUUCACGCCGUUUCACCGGCUCUGCAUCGGCUUGAGAGACCCGAUGACCGACUACCAGGCCAGGGUGGCCGAGUGGCUGCUCAGUCAUGGGGCCGAUCCUAAUUCGGUCAGCAGCGGCUUCGCCACGACUCCACUGCACUUUAUCGCUCGGCAGGAGAGCAAUUUAUCCUUGAUGGAGCGCGUGCUCGACGUCGACCAGCACGGAAAUCGAGUCGUGCGGCUCGACGAGCACGGAAAUAGACCCGUGCGGCUCGACGUCCAGGACAAGUUCGGCGAUACGCCGCUGCACUUGGCCGCGAGGGGCGGCCAUCGACGGAUGACCCUGCUGCUGCUGGAAGAGGGUGCCGACCCGAAUUUGCUCAACGCCGAGGGAUUCGCUCCUCUGCACGAGGCCUACAGGGUGGACGCGAACUCGUUCUUUCUGGACUUUCUCGAUACCUGUCGCCGAAUCCGCCAGUCGCUGGCGGGCGCCGCCAACGUACGGGACAAGCGGGGCAACACACUCCUGAACUUGGCGCUGAGAAGGUUCCGCGACGUAAGCGGCGCGGAGGUCCACGCGCUGCUGUGCCUGGACGCCGAUCCGAAUCUGGCCGACGCCAGGGGAUCCACGGCUCUGCACGAGGUCUGCCGGAUAGACGCGGACUCGCGCCUGCUGGAGUUCCUCGCGACCUGUCGCGAAAACGACCGGUCGCUGCAGGCCGCCGUCAACAGCCAGGACGAGGACGGCGAGACGCCCCUGCACGUGGUGCUGAGAACGUUCUACGUCGACUGCCGGGCGGAGGUCCGGGCGCUGCUGGGCCUGGGCGCCGAUCCGACGUUGCCCGACCAGCGCGGCACGACGCCUCUGCACUUGAUCUGUUUGAAAAAAGACCUCGUGGACGGGGACUUGAUAAGGAUGUUUUUCGCGAUCGCCGAUCAAGGACGAUGGCCGUUGCCCGUCAAUGCCAGCGACAAUCAGGGCCGGACACCUCUUCAGUUGGCCGUGACGAGUCUCAGUCCGGGAACCGUCGAUGCUCUCCUGGAUCGUCGCGCCGAUAUCACGCAGCUCGUUUUCCCCACCGAGGCACAGUUCGACGAGCUCUUGAGACCUGCGGAGACCCGCUCGAACGAGUUAAAAUUGAGAAUAGCGAUCAGCGCCUCGACCAUGAUCGAGCGCCUCGAGAGACGAGGAUACGAGCUGGACCGAAGCAACGCCAUGACGAUGAUGAGAAUCAUCGAAAAGCUCGAUUUGUUCCGGAUAGAGGUGGAUCGUCCCGUGACUGGCUUGCUCGAAAACACGCAGUUCGUCACGGCAGCGCGAGAUAUUAAGGUAAAAAACGACGGCGACCCUACGACGCUCCACGAUCUGCUCGUGUUGCCGCUCGAGGUGGCGGCGAAACGAUUCACGUGCCAGGACUACUUCGAACUCGCGCGCGACGAAAAGAAAGUGCGGAAAUUCGAGGCCGACCGGACCAGAGUGACUUGUCUCGCGCAUCUGUGCAAGAUAAUGUGGACGAGAUUUUUCUUGACCUGGGCCCUGGACCCUUUCGUGAUACUGAUUCACAACCGAUUGCCGCCUAUCUGCUGCGUAAAGAUCAUCGAAAAUCUGAACCUCGAGGAUUUGUUCAAUAUUUGCUUGGCGGUGGAGAUUCAACAGGCUUGCGAAGGAAAUCAGAAUAAUUAAAGUUUUUUUCGCGUUUCGCGCUAUUAAAUUAUGCAAAUAUAAUUUAAU